ACGACAGCCGUGUGCAGCCCACAGCCAUUGUUCGAGGCGUUACACAGCCCAUCUGUUGGGAGCUGUACCUGUCCUAGCCUGUAUUGCUACUAUCAGCGAAUGUGAUGAACUACAUGGGGCAAGCACGGAGGCAUUCCGAGUCGGUCAGCGGGGGCGGGGCAGGGCAGGGCGUAGGCGCCGCAUGACUUGCCAUAGGGGGCAGGCUGACGGUGUGGAGUUUGUUCGGGCUAGCGCCGGAUGCCCCCGUCCGCUGGGCACUCCCAACCCAAACGUCGCGCGUACAUACGCUGCUCCUGUCCCCAGCCCCGCUCUCAGCCUCUCUUUAUCUCCAACCACCAUCUCCUCGCAAUUCUUCGCUGCUGAAAUCGGUCGCAUCGCAUAUAUCAACCAAUAAACUUGGCGUGGCAACAGGUGUCAGACUGGCGGUAAGUUGCCGAGCCUAUCGCCUGACCAAACAGGCGAAUCAGCUCCUCGCUUCUAGUCAUGCAGGUUGCGGCCAAACCUCAUCGCCACAGAGCGACUCCUUCUGACCCCUUCAACGACUCUCACACUCCCGCCUACUCCUCGUACGGUGUCCCGACCCUCACUCGCAACGCUCCCCCUCAGUCUGCGUCUCACCGCCCCCCGCCCCCUCCGCCCAAGAGUCUCCCUAAAUCAACAUCCAUCAGGAGGGCUCAGCCUGCUGUCCCCAUGAAUAUGAGCCGAGACAACAACGUCGUCGAAGCCGUCCGCGAUGCAGUCCAAGUAAGAUCCGGCGAUCGCUCUCCUCGCACUCGGAUGGGCAGGAGCAACACAGAGGUCCCCGCUCCAACGCGGCCAUCAACCGGUGCCUCACGUCGCUCUCACUCCCAAGACUCGGGGAUCCAGACAACGAGCCGCGACGCCGACAAGAACAAGAAUGGCCCGCGCUCUCGUACGAAGGCGAAGAAGGGAUCCUCCCAUGCCGAUGUCAUUGAUAGGCUCGAUUUCUCUGGCGUUGGUCCUAUGUUCCAUCAUGACGGCCCCUUCGAUGCUUGCGCACCAUCCCGCAACAAGCACCGUACGAAGGCCCCGAUGAUGGCAUGGAGUGCCGUCACGGAGGGUGAUAAGGCUGCUCUCGCCGCCGCUCAUGAACUUCCCCGAGCAGGCGACUCGCCGUAUCCUACAUCUCCUGACGUAUACGUCCCCUACGAAGCACCCAAGAAGCGGCAUGAUGCCAUCGCGGAGGCUUGGGGUAUUCAUGAGCCAGAGCCCUUCGAGGAUUUCUCGGCCGGCGGUGGAGCAACCAGACCCAAUGGGGAGUAUCCUACGUACAGCAACCGCAACGGCGCCGGGAAGCGCACUGAUCGCAGUGGCCGUUCCCGCGGUGAAGAGCGCCCCGAUGCUCGCCGCCAGGCUUCUAGGCGCGGCAACCUUCCUCCUCCCCAGCCAAUUUUUGUGCCGGAGGGGGAGGGGGAAGUUCCGCUCGAACAGCAGGAGCCUCCCUCCCCUACUGGCAACGGCACACCGAAGCGCAACAAGUCGCUCAUGCGCCGCAUCCGGCAGAUGCGCGACUCGCCAAACGUGCCGGUGGGCGGCGGUGAACGCGAUCCCUCGCCCACUUCCUCCACGGAAGAGAACUCGAUCACAACUCAGUCCGCUCCUGGUCACGGCACGCGCCCGACGCACCGGCCUCAGCAGUCGUUCCUUGUGAACACGGACAAGGACCUACCGGCUCCUCCGAGGGCGCAGCCCCAGCGAGACUACUUCGAUGACCCCAUCGAUGGCGGCUCGCCUGGCCUGGGAAGGAAGACGAGCUUGAUGAAGAAGAUGAAGGGCGUCGUGAAAGGCGGCAAGUGAAUAGCAUGAUAUACACGGCGUCCCGCCCAACAGCCUCGCGUGCCGCGAGGUACGUCCCCCAUGGUCACUGUAUGCCCUCCUUCCGCGCUCCUAUUAUUGCUGGAACCGUGUGAACACGUUUCUGCCUUUUGUCUCCGUAGAUUUGCUGUCUUCGUCUUCAGGGCCGUCUGGAAUCAUGUGUUUCCGUCGACUGACCAAUUUGUAAAUACACCGGGCCCAUCGCGAUUCAUCCUGUUCUGUUCCCUCCCUUCGUUGUUGUCCCAGCGGCUCGGUCACCCAAACGUUCCCUACUCGUUUACGUUUUUCAUGCUGCUUCUCCAUAACCCCACCAUCCCUAUUGUACGGCUUGUAUUCUCCUUCUCCGUUCCAUAUCGCGUCCGCACAGUAGCAAUCCCCACCAGUGAUCAGUCCGUAUAUAUGUGUGUAUUGUAAUGACGAGAUCCU